UUUUCAGUCAUGGCUAAACAGUACGACAUUUUGUUCAGGCUGCUCAUGCUGGGGGACUCGGGAGUUGGAAAGACUUGCAUGUUGCGCAGGUUCACGGAAAGCGAAUUUGAUCCGUCACAUAUUUCAACCAUCGGAGUUGAUUUUAAAAUGAAAACACUAGAAAUAGAUGGAGUCAAGGUGCGAGUACAGAUAUGGGACACGGCUGGUCAGGAGCGUUAUCAGACCAUAACCAAACAGUACUACAGGCGGGCGCAGGGUAUCAUCUUUGUAUACGACAUCACAAACAAGCCGUCCUUUCAGCACAUAGCGAAGUGGGCCAGCGAUGUGGAUGAAUAUGCCCCAGACAAGGUGCAGAGGAUCUUGGUAGGAAACAAAUCUGAUGAGGAGCUCAGGAGGCAGGUGACGAAUGAGCAAGGAAGCAAGCUAGCAGAAACCUAUGAGAUGGAGUUCUUUGAAACCAGUGCUUCCACCAGCAGUAACAUCAGCGAGUCAUUCACUCGUGUGACAGAACUGGUGCUGCAGGCUCACAAGAGAGACGUGGACAGCUUGUUGGGAUCCCUGGAUGAUUAUCUAGAAAAGGCCGAUUUGGAGGAAGAGAAGGGGAGUCAAGAUACUGACGACAACGCUCAGAGGAGUUGUGCCUGUUAGCAGAACGUGCCAUGGCUGAUACAUUAAAAGACAUCUGCUCUCCACUGUGACUUGACUCAGCCCUCCUCCGCCGUCUUCAUAGGUACUUGGACCUGCUGGACAGGCGCUUUGCUGGUGUCACUGUUUGUCAGUGAAGUUACAUGGUGGUAAAUGCAGUUGGCAGCAGCUACCAGCAGAGGGCCAACUUUGUUUUAUGAUCACUGAACCCUGUUGCCAGUGAAGAGUCUAUAGUUCAUGAAGGGUAGCUGUGUUCAUUUUGCGUCCAACAAAUCUAUCAAUACAAAUGCUCUCUUCAUUUAGUUUUACACUAAACAUGUACUCCCAUCAGUUCACUGUAUUCCAGCACUUUUGCUUUCUUGUUUCUUUUUGAUUUGAUUUGCAGGCUGCAUAUUCGCAAAUUGACUGAUAACAUGUGAUUUCAUAUCAAAGAAAUGUGUUUAUUAGGGUAAGUAUCGAUGCUACAACAAUUUAGACGGAGGAAAGAGAUGAAUUAUUUACACAUUUGAAACUCAAACCAAGCCAACAUGGAUUCAUUUACACGAUGGCCUUAUUUCCUCAAGGGAGACAUUGUUGUGCCAUGUUCAGUGACCUGAAAUUUACCAUUCUGAAUGUAUAUUUGUGGUUAGUUUUAUGAAUGUGACUGACAUUGCCUGCUGUAAGUUGUGCAUUGAAGCAUUGUCACUGCUGGUUAAUUUAAUGUUUUCAGGGUCUUCUGAGGUGCCACAGCCACAAUAAUUUUAAUAUGUUUGAUACUCGAGAAUGA